CUUGCGAGGGUUUUUGCGUACACUUUCACAAAUGGUGAACUUCCGAUAACUCUGCAUAUUUAGAGAUAUGUAGUGGAAAAUCAUAAGUGGGUAUGUAAAGCUUUUUUUUUUCAAUAUUUAGGUUGGUGUUGCUGCCAUAGAAUGUUGAGUUAAAGUGUUGGCUGGUCGUCGACCCGGAAGUGAGUCGUUCUUACUUUUGGCUAAAAAAUGGAGAUUAACAGUUACUACUUUGUCCUCAGCGGCAACGUACGUUCAUGAAUAGGUUGAAAACGUUUUAGAGUGUCGUUGAACAUUUUUGCUGACUUUACUCGCAGCCUUCCAAUUCCUAGUAUCCGGGUUCAGAAGGGCUAAUCUUUCUGCACGUGCAGUUUCUAACUCCUCCAAUGUUCACAUUCCUUUUGUCCAUUGACGAAGCAUUUGGCCUGCUGACAGUGAAUUAGUACCAAAUCGAAGGAUAGCUAAGCACAGUCCAGACAUAAUUCAACUUCAAUUAAAAUAUUCUGUUCAUGAUGAAAUGAAUGCUCCACAAGGGUGUUCUUUGACUCAUUUUGAGUUAAAAUUAUACUUUGAGCACUAAAACACACUUGCCAAAUUGGGCUAAGUAACCUAGUGCUUGGGCUAAUUAACCCUGGCUUGUUAAUUAAGGCAGGAUGGAGAUAACUUUAAUACCGUGCAGUAUAGUGAAAGCAACGGUUUUCAUCUCUAUCAAGAGAUAUAUAUACGACAUGAUACGCAUACCUUCACCUUAAAAAUAGUCUGCUUUUUUUGGGGUGAAAUUGGCUCCCUUAAAAGCAAUUUUCCCAGCACUGACACUGUAAGAGUGAUUUUAAAUUGUUAUCUCUUACGUACUAUAUGUUGAAUAUUUUUACUUAUAUUUGUUGAUCUUUACCCUGAAGUGCUUCUCAUAUACUCUAAACAAGAAGUGGAAAUCUUCCUUAAUGUGUUGAAGAAUAGAGAAGAUCAAUGUAUGAUCCAGAAGUAAAUUUUCAUGAUUGAUUAGAGUGCAUGGCUUCCCUGAAAUUAAUGCUUGCAUUACUUCAAGGCGGAAAUGAAUCACAUCAUUGUUUGGUAAUUUUACGAUAUCCUUGAGAAAAGUGGAAACCCAGGACACAAGUACCCAUAGGUGAUAAGGCUCAUGGACCUUAAAUUGAUGACUUGUAGAGUGAUACGUGAUACAAAUAUUGCAGGUCCAAAUAUUCCAGAUAAUUUCAAAAUGUUCUGUUAUGCUUUAUUAUGCUGAUAUUGAUCUGUGAAUAGAACAUGUUGUAAUCAUACAAAGUACUUUAGAUUCUCAUGUAUAUCUGAAUGAUUAAAGCCUUCAUCAAACUGUUGUAGCUAUCACUCUCUAAGCUGUCAAUAAAGCUGAUGCCAGUGUUGUAGACUUCAAGUGACUACCACAUAACCAAGAUGUAAGAUGUAUGUGCACUUGACAUUAGGGCAUAAAUGACUACUAAGCAAGUCAACUACUCUAGUUGUUCAUUGAUUUAUUUCAUUUUGUUUUUAUUUGUCAGGUUUCAUGAAGAUCUAGAAGACUAGUGUAAUAUAUACUUACUGUUUUAGUAUUUGUUUAGAUCAUAGUUAACUAUGUUUAGAUCAGAAAUGUAUAAUAACAUUAUGCUUUCUUUUCUCCUCAAUUUCAGGAACAUUUUAGAGAUUUUAUUUAGCUACAGAUAUAACCACAACUGGGCACUGUCUGUAACCAAAAAUGGCAUUAUCCAAGGAAACAGCUUUGCAUGUUGUAUUUGAAGAUGACACCUGUAGUCAGCCAGAAAUAUUUUUAUACUCUGGAGAAACUAUGUCUGCUCCAUGUAAGAAACUAAAGAAAUGGGAGACAAUAGGAACACGGCCAAUACAAUUUCGUACCACAGUAUCACUUUCCAAUGAUGUAGGGUAUAAUGAAAGAUUUCAAGCCAUAGUUAUGAUGGAUGUAUAUACAAACAAAAGCAUUGAAGAGUUGCGCUUUGAAGACUAUGAGUACCGGAAUAGAAUUCGCGCCCAGAAAGAGCCAUUUGCGAAGAGUUCUUCAACCACGUGCCCCUCGUCCACAGCCGGUAGAAAUGAAAAUUAUUUUAGAACCAUAGCUGGUGGGAGUUCUCUUUCUACAUCAUCUGACCUUCGCACCAUGUCCACGGGCUAUAGCAAACCUCACAGUUCUCAACCGAGCUGCUUUCCCUGCUCGUCACCUUACAUUAAUACGUCAUCAGCAUACGAAUACAGGCCCACGUCACCAAGCUACAGUCCUACGUCACCAAGCUACAGUCCUACGUCACCAAGCUACAGUCCUACGUCACCAAGCUACAGUCCUACGUUACCAAUCUACGGGCGUACGUCACCAAACUACAGUCCUUCGACACCUACCUACAGUCCUUCGUCACCUAUCAACGGUUUUUCAUCCAGCUAUUCUGCAGUUCGUCGCAAUUCAUUUUGGUCGUUUCUGGAAGGAUUUGAUGCCGCAAACUGGGACCCAACCGACAUUGAAGUACAAAUCAAUGAAACUUGCAAGACAGAAAAGAGGCUGAUUAAAAAAAAGGGUGUGGUGCACUCGGUAAGUGGACGCCAGUGUUCAGUGGGGCUAUACGAUGACAACCGCACGGUCCUCGUUUCGGUUGACAACAUUGAUCCAGUGGAGUUACAUAGAAAAGACAAAUGUAAAGUCGUAUUUGGAGAUGAAUGUUCAAUAAGAGGGACUUUAAUCAAUAUUGACAACCCUGAUGGCAUUCUAAAAUUAGAACGAACCGAGCAACUGAGAGUUUUUCCGCUGAAAUUCCUUGCUAAACUUGGUAGAGCUAGACCCCAAUUUGGUUCAUUUGAAACUCCAAGUAUAAAGAAAAGGAAAGAUAAGCCCGUGAAGUCUCUGUUUGAUUCGUCAGUGAAAGAGGAAAAUGUAACUCCAAUGAUCAUAGAGUCCAGCGCAGAAUCAGUCGACGCUCAACUACCACAAUCAUCUGAGCAAGAUUUUUUCCGCGAAUCAAUUGUUGAUCCCACCACGAAAGCCAGUGCUCAUCCACAAGUUGAAAAAGAAAAGGGCCAAACGCUUACCGUUUCUGAAGGGAAACAACUGUCAGAAGCCCUGCUGAAGAGCAUCAUGAAGUGCAUACAAAUCCAGAACUCCCUCUACAGACUUGUUCUUCUCCAAAUAACUGGUCGAGCUUCAUGCUCCUCAAGCCAACCUAACAGCGAUGUCUUAGGAAAUGUUCGUACCUCGGAGAUACACGAGGCUCCUAACGAGAGCAGUACAGCCGGAGAAAAUUUCAAACAUGAUACAAAGGUUCUCCUCAGUGAUCUAAAACGACCCCUGGAGGCCUUGAUGCGCUGUUUAAGCAUUCAAAAAACUCUUUUUCAAAGAUUAACAGCUGUCAGCUUGGCAACUCUUGAGCUGUCAACUGGCAAUCUAGAAAUGAAAAGCAAGCCACGGGCAGACAAUUUGGCAAUGCAAUCUUUUCUUGAGGAAGUUUCCUUUAAAAACAGCAUGCAGUGUGGAUAUGUGCGAAAUCCGUUCACCAAUAAACAACCCAAAGCUUCCACAACAGAGGAUGUGGUACAACAUGUCUAUCACGAUAAACUACUUUUCAGUGGAGCUGCAGUUACCAACUAUAAUGCAAGUAGUCAAAGGAAACUUCCACAUGGUCAUGGUAGCCUUAAAACAGUGAUGGGUGAAACUGUGUAUACAGGAGACUGGUGUAAAGGCAAAAGGGAUGGGGUGGGCAAAGGUCUCAUUCUUUCUUCGCCUUGCGACAAUCCAGCAACAGCUAAACAUGGACUCUACAAUGGUGGGUGGAAAAACAACAUGAGGCAUGGUCAUGGAAAGAUGAUGUUUUCCUCCGGUGCUAUAUACGAAGGUCAGUGGCAGUACGAUAAAAUGACAGGCUUUGGGACUUUGACGCUUUCGGAUGGUACUGUACAAGAGGGGAGCUGGAAAGAUGGGUGCUUAGAUGGAUGCCUGCAGUUUACUUGGCCUCAUGGAGUCACUGAGUUUCGAGAGUAUGAUGAGCGUAGAGGUCUCUUGUCUUCCUGUGCAAUCGAGAAAGAAACUGCUCAGAAGCUCUCUCAAAUGCGUUCCAUUCAGUCCAAGAUUUCAAACAUGAGUGAAUGUGUAACUCAGCUAAAAGCCGAGAAACUACGUCUCAGUGAGCAACUGGGCAUGCAUAAGAUGGUACAAACUGAGCUGAGAAGUCAUUACCACACUGCAAUGUUUGAAAUUCGUGAAACUUUUAAAGAGCAGUUAGAGCGUGACUGUACGGAAAAGCGAGAAGAGUUUGAGAAGAAUUUAAACAAAGUAGAAGAACCUGAGGCGGAAAGUGACCAAAAAGUUAUCGAUCUCAAAAUGAAACUCGAAAAAUCUAGGAGCUCUGUGCUUUGUCAGAAGUGUACGCAACAGCCUCGUGACUGUGUUAUUAUGCCCUGUGGCCAUUUUUUGUACUGUAGAACUUGUGUUAAAGAGUUAAUGAAGGGCUCCCAUGUCAAAUGCCCUUCUUGCAGGCGGGCUGUUACUGCUCAACUUUUCUGUAAUCUUAAUCAUUAACCACACAUUCUCAGUAAAUAUACGAGAGAACUACCAGCUGUCGUUCAAGUUAUACUCGGAAUUGCUAACACAAAUUGAACUCAAAGUAUGGCCACUUUGCACCACUUUGUAAACAUAAUGACAAUCUUCUUAUAAUUUCUUACGAAUAAAAUUCCAGAAGAAACGUGAAAUUCGUUUUGUAAGAAUGACAUUUCUUAAAGUUUAUCAUGUAAAAUCUGAUCCGCGUCCGGGAGAGACUGGGUCCUGAGAAGAACUUUUGCCGUAACGGUAGUGACUGAUGUUCGACAACCUGAGUGGAAGUCAUCAUCAGAGUCAAGUCGACUGUUCUAAGUCGUGAGUUAUGAGCCCAGUUUGUGUUAUCUGAUCAGUUAGUUCAGUCGUAAUGCUGUUGGCUAGAAGACUCCGGCGAGUGGUGUAAGUCAGUCGCGUUAUUUAGGUUGUUCUUUUAGGUUUAUUUGUUGUGUAAAUGUUAUAAGUAAGUCGUCUGUAUGGUGCCGAUCGUUGACAUUUGUUGAGGAAAAGCUUUUCUAAGUUAGAAAACCAGCUUUUCAGAGUCAGUCGUUCAAAAUAGUUGGUGUUGUAGGUAAGACAUUGCACAGGGUCCAAGUCAAUGGUUGUGUCGACUGUAAGAUAAUCAGAGCGGUCUGGACGAAAAGGUACAAAUCCCAGUCCAAGCCAGAAUUUAUUAACGUCCCAGGAUUCGUUUUCAAUUCCUUUCCUUUCUCGGCUGCAUUAACGACUAGCCAAAUUUCAUUUAGAGCGUGAAGCUGUUAGCCACUGUAAAAAUAAACUGGUCAUAGGCAGCUCCCAUUUUAUCCCUUAUACGCCCUCACAAUAUAUUUCCUUGAUGAAGGACUACGAUCACUGUGUGCGCACACAACUCGGAAAAGUAAGACAUAAUGUUUACCAUUGCUUAUACCACUUAGUAAAGAGGAACGACGCCUCUAGAGAGGCAAUCAUAGGAUUAUCAUCAGUUCAGUUUUCCUGAACAUUUAGUACCACUAUUCAUCUAUUACAGCCGAAAGAGGUUAGACCAGUAGUGAUCAUUUAAUGAGAAUUUAUAGAUAAUCAAUAAAGAGUUGGCUUGUUUAUAGCUGUGUCAAUGCCAGAUAGGGUAGGAUGGCAACUUGAAGCGGGAGAGGAAGAGCGGGGUUAUCAAGUUAUUUCUCCCGUAGACGGUCAUGUUCAGUUUGGGACUUUCCGGUUGAUAGGUAGAGCAUGAGCAGAAUGUAAAGACGUUACAAAAAGAACUUCCGCGCAUCUUAACCUG